AUGGCAGAAAGCGAGGUAGAUACACCAAGCACCCCGAUAGAGUACGAGAGCAAAUACUUCGAGCAUCAUGGAGUUCGUCUUCCUCCUUUCUGUCGAGGGAAGAUGGAGGAGAUUGCCAACUUCUCUCUCAGAAGUAGCGACAUAUGGAUCGUCACUUACCCUAAGUCAGGGACAAGUCUGUUACAGGAGGUUGUGUAUUUGGUCAGUCAGGGAGCUGAUCCAGAUGAAAUCGGGCUCAUGAAUAUUGAUGAGCAGCUUCCUGUACUGGAAUAUCCCCAACCUGGUCUGGACAUUAUCCAGGAGCUGACGUCCCCUCGCUUGAUCAAAAGUCAUCUGCCUUACCGCUUCCUCCCCACCGCCAUGCAUAAUGGGGAGGGCAAGGUCAUCUAUAUGGCCAGGAACCCUAAAGAUCUGGUGGUGUCAUACUACCAGUUUCAUCGUUCUUUAAGAACCAUGAGCUACCGUGGAACAUUUCAGGAAUUCUGCAGACGUUUUAUGAACGACAAGUUGGGCUAUGGAUCUUGGUUUGAACAUGUUCAGGAGUUCUGGGAGCACCGCAUGGAUUCAAAUGUCCUGUUUCUGAAAUAUGAGGACAUGUACAAGGACCUGGGAACCCUGGUUGAGCAACUGGCGCGUUUUCUUGGCGUCUCUUGUGACAAAGCCCAGCUGGAGAGCAUGGUGGAGAGCUGCAGUCAGCUAAUUGAACAAUGCUGCAACUCAGAGGCUCUGUCCAUCUGCAGGGGUCGUGUGGGGUUGUGGAAGGACAUUUUUACUGUGUCCAUGAAUGACAAGUUUGAUGCUGUGUACCGACAGAAGAUGGGCAAGUCUGACCUGACCUUUGACUUCAGCCUGUGA